ACCCCCCGGUGAGCACUGGAGAGAGGUGGUCAUCGCUGAACUCACGCGCAGGCUAGCUGGCUUGUACAUAAACAAAGUGAGUCACGUGGUCGGGCUCCACGAGAAGCGCAGUAGCAGCAGCGCCUCUCCAGUGACGGUGUGAUGUUUUGUUGUUGUGUGUAGGCAGCGGUAACUUAUAGAUUCAGCGUUUGAAGCUGAAAAUGUUAUCGGACACGACGUGAACUCUGCUGUCAUAUCCCGGUAGUACGGCAUUACAGAGGGAAAGCGCCAGCGUUAUGGCGUGUCCCCCGGAAAGCGACGUGCGGGUGGUCGGGCCUUGUGAGUCGGGUACUGAGGGGGCGAGAGCACAGGCCCGAGCAACCAGCCGACAGGAUCAGCCUUGUCCAGGGGCCGUGAGAGUGUCCCCGGCGUCUGUAAUGGUGGAGUCGGUGGAUGAUGCGGAGGGGCUGUAUGUGGCCGUGGAGAGAUGCCCUCUGUGUAACACUGCGAGGCGCAGGCUAACCUGUGCCCGGUGUAUAAGAGCUGGAGACUUCGUGUACUUUGACGGUAAAAAUCCCGAAAGAUACGCAGAAAAACUAGAAAGGCUUCAGAAAAUGAAGAAGGAAAAGGAGAUUCUUCAGCAAAGAGUAAUCAAAACCAUGGACAAGAAGGUUCAGGCAGACCAGCUUAAGUGGAAGAUCAUGUCAUGUAAGAUGAAGAUCGAGCAACUGAAAGAGGCAAUCUGCAGUGGGAAUGAAGAAGUGAAGAGUGGCAAAGAUCUGUUACUUCGAUCUCAGGAAGAUGGUCAGAGACUGCAGCGCCGUGCGAGUCGUCACCAGGAAAAGCGGGAUAAGAUAGAGCGUCAUAACCGUCGCCUGAGCGAGCUUUUGGAGAAGAGGAAUAAAGAGCUACAGAGCAGACUGGAGACUCUGGCUGAGGUGCGGCGGGGUCACAUCCUGGAACUCACCUCCUACAUCUUCCCCACACAGGAGGAGAAGCAGGGCAGCAGAGAUCCAGCUGAAACUGCUGUAGCAGAGUAUGACUUUGCCCUCACGUCCAGCACUGUGAGUGAGUUAGCUGAGGCUCGGCGAACAACGUACAUGUCUGGUCGUUGGAUCUGGGACGAUCAGAAUGGAGAGACGAGCAUCAGCAUCACUGGGCCUCAUGUCACACUGCCCAGUAAUGGAGACUGCUCAGCUUACUAUAACUGGGUAGAGGAGAAAAGCACUAAUCCUGGCCCAGAGCUGGAUCACAUCACUCCAGCACACACCAUUAGCGCAGCCCUCUGCUAUGCUACUCAGCUUGUCAACAUUCUUUCUCAUAUUUUGGAUGUCAAUCUACCCAAAAAGCUGUGCAACAGCGAGUUCUGUGGUGAUAAUUUGAGCCGCUACAGAUUUACUCGUGCUGUUAACAAACUCAACACCAACAUCCUACAUCUCUGCUUCUCCCAGCAUGUAGACAGUGAGCUACUCCAUCCCCACCAUACACUGAGAAACAUCAUGUUUCUGGUCUCUCCUGAGAACAAAAACCUUGGAAGGACUGGACCGUUUGAAGUAAGUGCAGACUUGGAGGACUCUAUGGAAUUUUUGGAGCCCGAGGCAUCAGGUGUUACAGAGGAGAGUGGAGAUGAAGCUGUAACAGAUGAAGAAACAGACUUGGGCACAGAUUGGGAAACUGUUCCUAGCCCCCGAUUCUGUGACAUCCCCUCUCAGCCCAUGGAUCUGUCUCAGAGCACAGCCAUGCAGGUCUCACAGCCAGCGGGAAAUGCAGGAGGCAUGAUUUCUUCUGCUGCUGCUUCGGUCACCUCCUGGUUCCGUGCCUACACUGGCCAGCGCUGAGGCCAGGCUGGAAUGUUUAGACUGCUGUAGCUAUGCAAACAAACUAUUUGUCUCGCUCUCUUUUGUCAAAUCUUAUUAGAAGAAGUGAUUUUUGUGACUUUGUCACUUGAUUGCAUGUCAAGAAUGAAUGUGUGUGAUUGAAAGGAGAGAGGGAGGGAAAGAAGAAUGCCAUUUCUAACCUUUUAAAAGUAGAAAUAGGAUCUGGUGAAUUGUUUUGUUUAAAAGAAAACACCUGACCUUUUGUAGGUCUUGCAAAUUAUAGGAUCCCCAUUAUUAUCCUGUCAGUAACGUGUCCCUUUUCCUUCCUUUACAGAUUGGAUAUAGUGAGGAGGGAUAAAAAUGAUCCUUUAUGAUGAAUGUCAUAUACACUAUAUUGCCAAAAGUAUUCGCUCACCUGCCUUGACUCGCAUAUGAACUUAAGUGACAUCCCAUUCCUAAUCCAUAGGGUUCAAUAUGACGUCGGUCCACCCUUUGCAGCUAUAACACCUUCAACUCUUCUGGGAAGGCUGUCCACAAAGUUUAGGAGUGUGUUCAUGGGAAUUUUUGACCAUUCUUCCAGAAGCGCAUUUGUGAGGUCACACACUGAUGUUGGACGAGAAGGCCUGGCUCUCAGUCUCCGCUCUAAUUCAUCCCAAGGGUGUUCUAUCGGGUUGAGGUCAGGACUCUGUGCAGGCCAGUCAAGUUCAUCCACACCAGACUCUGUCAUCCAUGUCUUUAUGGACCUUGCUUUGUGCACUGGUGCACAGUCAUGUUGGAAGAGGAAGGGGCCAGCUCCAAACUGUUCCCACAAAGUUGGGAGCAUGGAAUUGUCCAAAAUGUCUUGGUAUGCUGAAGCAUUCAGAGUUCCUUUCACUGGAACUAAGGGGCCAAGCCCAGCUCCUGAAAAACAACCCCACACCAUAAUCCCCCCUCCACCAAACUUUACACUUGGUACAAUGCAGUCAGACAAGUACCGUUCUCCUGGCAACCGUCAAACCCAGACUCGUCCAUCAGAUUGCCAGAUGGAGAAGCGCGAUUUGUCACUCCAGAGAACGCGUCUGCACUGCUCUAGAGUCCAGUGGCGGCGUGCUUUACACCACUGCAUCCGACGCUUUGCAUUGCACUUGGUGAUGUAUGGCUUGGAUGCAGCUGCUCGGCCAUGGAAACCCAUUCCAUGAAGCUCUCUGCGCACUGUUCUUGAGCUAAUCUGAAGGCCACAUGAAGUUUGGAGGUCUGUAGCGAUUGACUCUGCAGAAAGUUGGCGACCUCUUCGCACUAUGCGCCUCGGCAUCCGCUGACCCCGCUCCGUCAGUUUACGUGGCCUACCACUUCGUGGCUGAGUUGCUGUCGUUCCCAAACACUUCCACGUUCUUAUAAUACAGCUGACAGUUGACUGUGGAAUAUUUAGGAGCGAGGAAAUUUCACGACUGGAUUUGUUGCACAGGUGGCAUCCUAUCACAGUUCCACGCUGGAAUUCACUGAGCUCCUGAGAGCGACCCAUUCUUUCACAAAUGUUUGGAAAAACAGUCUGCAUGCCUAGGUGCUUGAUUUUAUACACCUGUGGCCAUGGAAGUGAUUGGAACACCUGAUUCUGAUUAUUUGGAUGGGUGAGCGAAUACUUUUGGCAAUAUAGUGUAUGAAUUAAGAGCAUGCAGCACUAUGUUUCACUUUAAUGGGCUUGACUGCCUUGAUAGAAACAUUCUGUUUAUUGAAAAUAGCAGCAUAAGCAUCUUGCUGGAUUAGGUGACGAUUUCACCUAUCUCUAAUAUUGAUUUUAAAAUAAGUUAUUUCUGCUGUGUUAUCUAAUAUGGAAUGCUCUUAAAGCAACUGCCACAGUUGGUUUACCUAUUUAACAGUACACUACAGGCAUAUAUAAUGUCAGAUUCAUCACUGGCUUUCUAGACGAGUGAGUUCAGGCUUUGGUUUGCUUAAAAAUGAAAGUGCACCUUUUCACCAGCCAUUUAAAACUCCUGUUUGUAUCCUCCAAAUGUGUAAGGUGUUUUAGUUUAUGAAUAAAGAAGAUUUUUGAUUAUA